CUAAUUGUGAUAUGAAACAAGCUCACUGGCUGCAGUUCAGAUAAAAUCCAAAAUAAGAAGACAGAGUAAAAAGAAACAACAAUAAAUUAAGGUAAAUACGUUGAAUAGAUUAUAAAGUAAUAUAAUUGUUGUUCUUCAAAAUUAUAAAGUAUUCACAUUCUACAAAACAACAGGACUUUAUUCACUGAAGAAACUGAAAUCUGAUGAACCAUUAUUGAAAGUAAUAGAUCGGGAUUUUGAAGAAAUGGAUGAAAAUUCAACACAAGAACACAAUGUGAGCCGCCACAUGUACACCUGGCAGAAUGAACCGGACACAAGUGCAGUCCAAAUUGGACUAAUGAUAGUCGUUGCAGUCAUCUUUAUUUUCAUAAUUCUUAACAAUGGAUUGCUAGUAACAGUGGUGCUAAGGCAUAAGCACUUACAGACCCCUCCAAAUAUAAUAGUCUUAAACAUAGCGAUAGCCGAUCUUUUCCAAGGUAUAUUUGGAAUACCAAUACGGGAAAUGAUGACAUAUGAAUAUGACAUUGCAAGAGAUAUUACGCUUGGAAUAGUUGAUAAAAGAUACGUCUGCUUUUUGAGAGUAUUUUUAACGCUCUUGGGAACGGGUGGCGCUCUGUUCCUGUUUGUUGCUCUUGCGAUAGAGAGAUUUGUUGCGAUCGUGUUGCCGUUUCGUUACGAUCGUUGGAUGUGUAAAAGCAACACUAUCAUCCUCAGUCUGAUGUCCUGGGCUUUGCUCCUCGCUAUUACCAUUCCUGCAUUCUUUGGUUGGAACAGAUGGGAUGUGAACAUCCAAUGCUCGGUACAGAAUACAUUGCAUAAACUUCACAACUCUGUCAUCCUGAAUCCACUGAUCUACGCUUGCCUGGCUCUCACCGCCGUGCUGUAUGGUAAAAUAUUCUGGGUUGCGAAGUCAAAGCGCGCACAGAUUGUAGCCCAAAUUCAAGCCGUGGACCAUGCCAAAGCUGUGGCAUAUAAACGGGAUUUCAAGAUUCUCAAAACUGUUGUAAUAAUCUUGGGACUUUUCAUAAUAUCAUGGAUUCCGUUACUUUUUGUAAGAAUGGUUCUUACACGCACAAAUCUUGAUUCUGCUACAAUGAUUAUUUUGACUAAUAUCACAUUCAAAAUCGUGUUGGUGAAAUCUGCAAUUAAUCCAAUGAUAUUUUGUGAGAAAGAUCGGAGGCUACGAAUGGCUGUAUUGAAGCUGUUGCGUCUACACAGGCAGGAUGACCAUGACAUAUUUACAUCUGAAAGAUCAACAAACAAAUCGUGCGAGUCCAACGCCACUAAGGGGACUAAUGGAUUAGAUAUCAGCGAAUUGUCAAACAGAGAUAAUACUGAGAGACAUGGAGAGAAUUCGGGAACAUGUUCCAGAACAUUAGACCAAACGGAGAAAAAGAUGACGCAUACAAACAUCACCACACCAGCUGAAGAGAAACAAGAGACUUCUGAUUUAAACUCACGACACAUCUGAAACUUGGUUCUGUCGGUUAAUUGAUACCACGAUAUGUCAGGCCAGAGACUCGGGUCAGGCUUAAUGUUCACUGUUUUGAAUUUGGGUCAAAAGUUAAAGCUCGUUAUUAUUAAAAUCAAUGUAACAUAUUUGCAGGUUGUAGUGGCUAUGACCCCCAAGAGGGAGUAUUAGGUGCCACAUUAUGGUAUGAUUUGUGAAAUAUUAUAAGAAGUGUACGUGUAAAUUGUGUAAAGUAUGAUAUUGUACAUAAUUGAGAAAAAACUGAUUUAAUGGAAAUACAAUAGCCGAUGAUGUUCGAUUAAUUGAUAAUAACUUGUUUGAAUCUAAUUGAACGAUAUUACAUAAAGGUUGAAAUGCAAUUAAAACAAAUCAAUGUGUGACAUCCCAUUUCCCUAAUGACGGUAAGGACAUGUCAAAAUCCUCAGGUCUGACUGAUGAAAUAUCAUGUUACAUAUCAGAAUCGAAUGAAGAUGAAAAUAUAUUAAUCUUACGUGACCUCAAUGGUAAAAUUGAACAAUUUUGAAAAUCGAGUACAAAAAGCCCAAAUGGUGAUCA